GCUAGUAUUAUUUCAUCUGAAAAGUUUCUUUGGUUUCUUGGUUUAAACUUUUAAAUGUAGCCUCUCUUGUGUUUCUUGGUUUACCUUUGUUUUUUGAAAACAUGAUGAAGAAAUCGAAGGACUCGCGACACCGUCACGACGAGUUCAGUAAUCAGGACCAAACCAGUCGGAGGCUUGUCCGGUCAAAGUACACCGUCAUCAAGAAAGUUAUAAAUGAAAAUAGAGAGGAUAUAUCCAGCGUGGAUUCUGAGAAAUUUAAUGUCAUCAUCAGCAAGGUGGAAGACUUGCACAGACAUGUUGAGAAGCCAAGGGAGCAAGUGGCCGAUGGAGAGGCACUAUUGGACCUCGCAAAGAUAGUGAAGUCCUCUGCAAAAUCAUAUGCCAGUGGAGAGGUGACCCCAUCAGACUUCAUAUCAAGUUUGCUGAGAAACUACACAAAAACAAAAGGAAGACAAGGAACCUCAGAGCCUGCGCUCAACUCUAUUUUCCUGAAAGAAAUCGGGUUUGCUGUUUCACCAAUUUUCAAGAUAUUUCAAGGAUGUUGCACUAUGCUUGGACCAAUGCAAACUCAACCAAAACAACGUAAGGUUGCAGUUUAUAGAAAGAGGGUGAAACUGACUCAGCAUUCUAAGCCUGAAGAGCUUGAUAGUAAAGGGGAAGAGAAAACAGAUACAGACAAGAACAUGUUCACCAUGUUCGAGAUUUUGAAGAAGAAAAAAAGUGUUAGACUUGAAAGCCUCGUAUUGAACAGGAAGUCUUUUGCGCAAACAGUGGAAAAUAUAUUUGCUCUAUCUUUCUUGGUUAAAGAUGGGCGAGUAGAAUUUUCUGUUGAUGAAAAGGGGUCUCAUCUUGCUUCACCAAAAGAUGCCCCUGAUACCAGUUCUAUCAUUUCGGGUGAGAAAGCAUACAGCCAUUUUGUGUUCAGAUAUGAUUUCAACGAUUGGAAGUUGAUGCUGGAUAUUCUUUCAACGGGGGAGGAACUGAUGCCCCACAGAGAUUUCUUGAACAACAGCAGCCCCCAAGAAGGUAAGCCAACAGCAGCAAAUGAUAUGGCUCCUGUCAAGAAACUAGCAAGGAAAUGUGGUCCAGUUGAACAUGAGCAACCAUUUGUUGACUCUCCUGAAAUUGCCGAUGGCAUUCGAAGGUGCAAGCCUAAACUUCAGUAAGGUAAAUAUGAGUGUAUAUUUAGUGGUGCCCAUAUCAGUUACUCUUUUGUUUGAUGGGCUAGCUGCUGUAAAUGUUUUUUUGACUGCUAGUAGUAAUUUGCUACUUGUGAUGAAUAUAGGCCCGGUAGGUAGAUAGAUAUCUAAUCUAUUAAGCAUUCUUAGUUAGAUCCUUGAUCACAUUUUGUAUGCAUUGGAUUUAUGGGUGGAUGAUCUUGUGGGUUUCAACCAUCUAUUUUGUUAGGCCCCGAUUUCUGCGGACUGCUGGAUCAGGGUUUGGAUCUCCAAUCCAUUACUGUUGAACGCGAAAUCAAUUACUAUAGUUGUUACACCAACAAA